AUGGAGCUUCUACUUCUGCUGCUUGCUUGGGGACUCACAGGAGCGUUCCCACUGGAGGACACCAAGCUGUGCCCACUUCACUCCCAACCCUGGCAAGUGUCCCUGCACAGUCAAGGGACGACGUGUAGCGGCGUCCUCAUAAACAAGUGGUGGCUGGUGACAUCAUUUGCCUGCGCGCCCAGAUCCACCAGCGUCAUCGCGUCACUUGGGGAACAAGAUGUGACAGUGGAUGAGGGAACUGAGCAGCACAUUCCUGUGGCUGACGUCAUCUACCAUGACCCGUAUCGGUCGCCCCUCCACAGCUUGGUCAUGGUGCGCCUGGUUGAGCCAGCCCGUUUGAACCAGUACGUCCAACCUAUAGGUCUGCCGGGUCGCUGCCCUCAGCCUGGAGAUAGUUGCAGUGUCAGUGGCUGGGGUUCCACUGUGCCACAGCAAUAUGAGUCUCCUAAGUUGCUAAAGUGUUUGACUGUGACCGUUGUGGAGGAUCAAACUUGUAUGAGCACCUUCCCUGACUACAUAUUUUGGAGCAUAGGCAUGGUGUGCGCUGGUGGGGCCAAUGAGACCAACUGUUUGCAUGAUAAUGGAGCAGUGCUGGUAUGUGACGGGCAGCUGCAGGGUGUGCAAUGGUUCAGUCACGGCUGUGAAAACGAGGAGCACCCGAGCGUCUACACCAAGCUUUGUAUGUACAAUGACUGGAUGCGCAGAGUGAUGGACAACUACAUACCAACUACAACCAAAGCAUGGUCUACAACCUCGUUAUGA